UCCUUACCUAACUUUGAACAAUUGAUUGACAUCCACUCAGCCGCAUUUUCCAUUCUUUGCUCUUCAAGCUUUUAUUCUUUCAUCACCCUUCCUUUAAGAAAAGAAUCAUCCAUCUUUUCUUAUAUCGCCAUAUUAUCAACCCAAGAAAGCACUGUAUCAUUCCAUCAUCAUGUCUCCUUCUAAACCAGCAAAUGGCUCAAAGCGAGCCGCGCCCGACUCGGCCACCUCUCCAGCGGUCACGAGCACGACCAAGACCGAUGGCCCUGCCUCCAAACGUCAAAAGCGCGAUGGAAUCGCUAAUGCCAAAGAAAAUAACCUGAUACCGACCCCGGCUGCUGCUGCCGCUGCCGCUGCGUCGCAGGACUUCGGCGCUCACAUGGCGACACAGAUGACAUACGCGGUCGAAUUCCUUAAGACGAAGGGCACUCCCAAGACCUUCCAGGAGGUCAUAGAUCACCUUACCCUUCAGCACAUUCCCGAGAGCCAGCAAAGAGCCUUCAUGGAAGUUAUGCAACGUCAUUCGCGCAUUCAAUUUAUUCCAGCUCUCAAGUCGAAGGCGAAUGCCGACCAGCAAAUCCCUACCUGGCGCACCGGCACUUACCAGUACAAAGCCAAACUCCCCGGCGUGACCAAUAAGCUCAAGCUACUCGAGUACUUACAGCAAAAGAAGGACGCUUCAUGCACUCUCGUUAAGGACAUCAAAGACGGCUGGCCCAACUGCGACAUGGCGAUCGACCAACUGGAGAAGGAGCACAAGAUCCUGGCGGUCCGCACUAAGAAGGAUAACCACCCGCGCUACGUCUGGCUCGACCGGCCCGAGUUGCACCACGAAGUCGACACCGAGUUCCAGGUCAUGUGGUUCCAGGAGAAGCUGCCCUCCGCCGACGACAUGCCCAAGAUGCUUAACGCCCUCGGCCAGAAGGCUACCAGCGAGCCGAAGAACCCAGAUCACAUGGCCCAGAAACAGCCCUCUAAGAGAAAGAAGGGCGCGCGUCCCCAGAGGAAGUUCGAGAACGAGCACAUGCGCAACAUAUUCGAGCAGCACAAGCGCUAAGAAGAGAAUUCGAGUCCGUCAAGUGUCAUGAAUAGUGUCAGGGCAUUUGCAUUUUUUGUUAUUAUAAGCAAUGGGGUGGUUGAUAAUCGAGCAAGCAAGCAAGGAGUGAAUCGAAAAAUUUGGCAUUGGUUCCCCUAAACCAGAGAAGAUCAGAAAAAGGGAGGGGAAAGGGUAAGGGAAGGACGGCAUAGCAUUUAUUCAUUGGUGGCGUUUUACGGUUUGAUACACCCAGGAGUUUCUGGCAAAAUAGGUACCUAACCUACUUAGGUAAUUGAAAUUAAAGGGAAAUGAAAUGGCUAAAUAAGCUGGAAAAUUUUUUGUGUGCUGACUCCUGCCCCCCUUACUUAUGUUUUGUUGAGAGAAGUUCGUCCUACAUAAGUCGGAAUCUCCUCGAAAAGGGGGAUGGUUUGGCAUGCGAAGUGGGCGUUCUUUUUUCCUUUUUUUUUCAUAAAAAGGGGGAGCAGGCUGGCAGGCAUUGUAAUAGGAGGUAUAGUAUAGUUGGCGAAGAAUUCGACGGACAGCUAGCUCUCUGCAAAGUUCUACUAGGUAAUAGUACUCUAUGAAUAAAAGGUGCCUUAACUUUUUC